AUGACGGCCGCACCCGAGUCUGACGGGCCGACGUCGUCGGCUCCGUGUCGCCGUAACGAGCAUCACGAUUACAGUCUUCAGCUGAAUCGCUGGUUCCUGAAGCCGAUCGGCGCCUGGCCGGAGUCGCGCGCCACCACGACCGCCGAGAGGCUCCUGUCGCGUGUCAUCCAGACAACGUGCUACGCCCUCAUAGCGUUCACAGUCGUGCCCUGCAUGCUGUACUUCUAUUUCGAGGAGCAGGAUGAUCUCGAUACCAAGAUGAACUCGGUGGGGCCGGUGAGCCAUUGGAUCAUGAGCGGGAUAAAUUACACCUCCCUGCUGUGGCGCGGCGAGGACAUACGUCGCUGCAUCGAGCACAUGGAGAGCGACUGGUGCACGGUGAGCAGACGUGCGGAUCGCGCCGCGAUGCUGAGACACGCCAAGUUCGGCCGAUCCGUGGCCGGGUUCUGCGCCGUUUUCAUGCACGGCGGCGUGUUCUCGUACAGCGUGGUGAACAGUCUAACGCCGCCGAUCGUUGACGCGACCGGCAAUGGCACCGUCUCGGCGCCGAGGCGGCUGCCCUGCCCGUUCUACAGCAAGUUGCUGGACACCAGCCGCGAUCCGGCGAACGAGAUCGUGCUGCUGAUGCAAUUCCUCUCGGGUUUCGUGGCCAAUUCCAUCACGGUCGGCGCGUGCAGCCUCGCUGCGGUGUUCGCGAUGCACGUGUGCGGCCAAUUCGCCGUGCUCUACAUGUGGCUGAAUGAGUUGAUUGACGAGGGCAAGGACGAGCGUACCGCCGAGCGUAAACUGGCGAACAUAGUCGAGCAUCAUCUACGCGUGCUAAAUUUUGUAUCACGCUUCGAAAAAAUCAUGAAUCAAAUAUGCAUGGUGGAAUUAGUUGGAUGCACGUUGAAUUUGUGCUUGCUCGGCUACUGUUCCAUUAAGGAAUGGAACGCAAGAAACACGAAGACUAUAACAACAUACGGACUUGUGUUCGUAUCUGUGUCUUUUAAUAUCUUUAUAUUUUGUUACAUCGGUGAGAUAAUCACGGAGCAGUGUAAAAAGGUUGGCGAAAUGGCUUACUUUACCAACUGGUACCGUCUACCUCAUAAAACUGCUCUCGGCAUGGUGCUAAUAAUAUCCAGAUCCAGUGUUGUGAUUAAAAUUACUGCCGGAAAAUUGGUUCAACUCUCUUUAAUAACAUUUGGCGAUGUGAUUAAAACUUCUGCAGCAUAUUUGAAUAUACUUCGUAAAAUAAUAUAA